AUGGGGGUCAGUGAUUUUUUAUACGAACCCCCUAAGGUUGUGUUUGAAUCUAAGAAGGUAAGCGUGCUUGUAGCAGAUCCACUUAACACCAAAGUGAAUGUCAAGGCUGAUUUGAGUGAACUCGAGAAAGGAGAUGAGAUUGGUGGGUGCAUGAACAAUGUUCCAGCUCAUCUUGGUUGCAAGAAUCAUUGCUGUAGUGAAGGAAUGUUUUCACCAUAUGAUGGAUGUGGUGACUGUGAGACAAACUUCAAUCUAGAGAUGAGGAACUCUUAUACCCCUGAAGUAAUUGACUGGAAUAAAGUAAAUAUUCCUCCAAAGUCAGAGUUAUUCAAACUUCUGCUGUACAGGAUUUCCAAUUCAAUCAAGCCAGACUGCAAGGUGCUCAUAGCUGGUGACCAGUUCAAAUGUCAUUCACUUGUACUUCAGAGCUAUUCACUGUAUUUUGAUGACAGAGAGCCUGGAGAGCAGUUUGAAUUGCCAAAGGAUCAUGUUACAACAAAGGCUUUUGCCACUAUUUAUAAGUGGAUGAUUUAUCCAGAUCCAGAAAGUCACCGUCUACUUACGAAAGAGAAUAUCCUUGAAGUAUUUAAGGCAGCACAAUUCCUUGGCAUCAAAGAACUAGAAGAACAAUGCUGGACUUUCAUUGACUGUGAAGAGCUCUUCUCAGAAGAAUCAGCAUUCCGCAUGUUCUUGAAAGCUCGUCACUUCGGUAUGCAGGCUAUCACUGAGUUAAUGGUUCCUCGAAUCAUGAAUUUCUUCCUGACUCUUGUCAGCUCACGUAAUUUCCUUCACCUUGAUGUUGACGAGCUUUGCACAAUCUUGCAGUCAAACUACAUAGCCGUGCACUGUGAGAUUGAAGUCUUCAUGUCAGCGGUUCGCUGGAUAAUGUUCGACUGGGAAAAUCGAGAAAGCGAAGUAGUUGAAGUGAUGCGGUGUAUACGGUUUGGUCUGAUACCGCCAUGGCAGUUAGUUGAUAUCCGGCGAAAUCCAAAGAAUCCAGAAUUUAUAGAAAUAACAUCCAAUGCCGAAGUCCAGCAAAUGGUGGAGAGCGGCUUAGAAUACGCAAUCGUGAAGUACUGGUACGGCAAUAAUAUUGAUGAAUUUAAUCGCUGGUGUUCAAAGCUCGGCCUGGAUGCACCAUGUCCUCGGAACUGGAUUGGUGAUGAUAAGAACUAUGCAACGUACCAAGAGUUUCUGCAAGACCUUGAACUGUACCGCCGCAACGCUCUGGAAGGGCGUUCUGCAGAGACAGGGCAUCCAUCUGCAGCGAGAACUCCACGCCAGGAGGCGGCAUCAGCACCUGCCAGUCGGCCAGAUGGAGCAAACCAGGCAAAGGAUUAUGAUGACAAAGCAUGGUACACGGUGGUGAGGACAUAUCAGGCACCACAGAUGCCAAUGAGAAUCAUCUUCUCCAUGGCAGCAACGAGGAAGGCGGCAGAUUUAACAAUGCCCCGACCGCAGGGCGGUGGUGCAGGGCGUCCGCAGGACCGAGGAGACGCGCGCGAGCCGGUCAGUACCGAUACGUCGACGUCGACGGGCGAGGCGCGCGCGAUGGGGCAGUCCACGACGGCGGACAGCGAAUCUCCGGGGGACAGCGCACCGGCUCCGCCACCGCCCCCGGGGGUUGAGGGGCUCUGCCUGCAGAUGGACCGGCCGCCACUGCACGUGCCGCGACGCGCCGCGCCACUCGAGGAGCUCACGAGGCGGCUGAGUGCGUCGUUGCUGGGCCCUGUGACGCGCGACUACCUGGUGGAGGGGUCGCUGUUCCUGGCGCAGAGCGAGUCUGUGCUGGUGCUGGGCGGCGCCGACCCCACGUGGAAGCCGGCGCCGGAGGGCGCGACCGCCGUAGGCCGCGAGCUGCUGCGCCUGCGCCUCGACGCCGGCUGCUGGGAGCACAUCGCGCAGCUGCCCGAGCCGCGCCAGCACCACGCCGCCGCCUUCCUCAAGGGCCACGUUUACAUCGCUGGCGGCAAAGACCCGCGCGACUCGGCGGCGCGCAGCCGCGGCGGCAUCACGAGCACCGUCUGGAGCCUGGAGCCGGCGUCCCGCACCUGGAGCGCCGAGCCCGACAUGCUCACCGCCCGACAGAGCUUCGCGCUCGUCGCCUGCUCCGGCCGCCUCUACGCCAUCGGCGGGCAGGACCGUAGUGGCAGAGUGCUGCGGUCGGUGGAGCGCUUCAACCCCGUGUCCGGCGUGUGGGAGUACGUGGCGCCGAUGCGGGAGGCACGCAUGGGUCUGGCGGCCGCCCAGUUCCGGGGGCUCCUCUGGGUGGCCGGCGGCAUGAACGGCGAGCGCUCGCACACCAUCACCGACACCGUCGAGUGCUACGACCCCCGCAGCAACGCGUGGACGAUGUCGGCGCAGCUGCGACAGCCGGUGUGCUUCUCGCGGCUGCUGUGCCUGCAGGACACGCUCUUCCUGGCCGGCGGCGCCACGCGGGCAACACGGGACUCGCCCAUAGGCAGCAUCGACAGCGUCGACGUCUGGGACCCCACGCAGGGCCGCUGGUGCGUGCGCGCCAAGCUCUCCGUUCCCCGACACGGACACGCCGUCGGCUACAUAGGCACGCACCUGCUGGUGGUGGGCGGCCUGACGACGGUGUACGUGCGCGCGCUCAGCUCUGUGGAGGCGUUCUGCUGCGAGGCGGGGGCGCGCGUGCGCAGCGUGCCGGACCUGCCCGCCGCCGUCGCCGGCCACGACAUCGUCACGCUGCCGCCGGCCGCACUCAUGUGA